AUGGGUAACCUAUUGUCGCACUUCCGUACGCCUCCUAUAGUCACCGGAGACCUCAUUGAGAUCUUAAUACCGGUGCCGACCGACGACCCGCACACCGUAACCGUCGGCCGCAACCGUAGCCACUGGGCUCUGGUCGAGUCGGUCGACCCGCGCGGCAAUAUCCGCUGCUAUCACUUGGCCCGCGACCCCCUGACGGCGCCCACCCGUCGGGUCGUACGCUGGGAACCGUUGGUCAACAUUCUGGACGAGUGCGCGGACAUCGGCGCCGACGGGUUUGUCUAUUGGCGGUGCAAUAAUCAGCACCGGUUGGCCCGACAACUGCUGGCGAUUACCGGCCGACACGGGCCGCCGCCGUUGGACGUAGUGUUUGGCGAGAUAAACAAGUUUCGGGACCGGGAGGUGGCCUUUGACCCCGACGGGUGUAAUGCCGAGCAUUACUGCACGUACUGGCGCUACGGCAUUGGCUGGUCGUCCGGCCGACACCCGCCCCAACAGAUUGUGGCCAAAGCCGAGCACGAGAUGCGCGAAAUGGCCGCACAGGCGGCCGCUGAGGCCCGAGCGCAGGCACCCGAUGGCACACCACUGGUGACCACUAUAGGCACCACUAUUGGCAAACCGGUGGCGGCGACUAAAGGCAUACGUAAACGGAUGUCACGUACGGACAAAUACGCGGCCAAAGCCCAGGCGGAGAGCACAGCCCAACCCCCUGUCAAACCCAAAUCCAAACCUCGAGUUCAGUUUCAAGCCGUGUCCGGCGGGUCGCGCGAUAUACAGGUGCUCUCAAGCGAACCCACGAGUGAUGUAAAUUCCCCGCCAGUGGUCGCGAAGAAGGGAAAGGGGAGGCGAGUGCUCAGACAUUUGGCCAAGUUUUUUGCUUUUUAG